AUGGACAGUCUUCUUGGACCCAAGAUCUCGCUCGGCGCCCCGGCACAGGCCCCGACCCGUGACCCGCUUCAUGGACGGUAUACGGCCCUCGUUCCCCUACAACCAUCGCACGCAAAGGCUUUAUUCAAACAUGUCGGCGGCGAAGGGAAUGCCCAUUUGUGGACAUACCUUUUUCAAGACCCGUACAUUGAGUACGAGAAGUUCGAAGCAGAUGUUACGGCAUGGAGCAAGUCGCAAGACCCUCUGUACUUUACGGUCAUGUCAGCCCCGCUUUCGGACCCAUCAGCUGAGCCAGUCGGCUUCAUGACAUACAUGUCAAUUGUACCAGCUCAUAUGCGUAUCGAGAUCGGUUCAGUGUGCUUCAGUGAGAAACUUCAGCGCACCCGACAAGCAACAGAAACCUUUUAUCUCCUCAUGGAGAAAGCCUUCGAUAACAUGAACUACCAAAGGCUUGAGUGGAAGGCAAACCACCUCAACAAGCCGAGUCUUUCGGCCGCCGACAGGCUUGGAUUUGUGUAUGAAGGCAUUUUCAGGAAGCACAUGGUCAUCAAGGGAAGGCGCCGAGACACAGCCUGGUUUAGCAUCACGGACGAUGAAUGGCCUGCUGUCAAGGGCGGACUCGAGUCUUGGUUGAGCAAGGACAACUUCGACGAGCAGGGCAACCAACGGAAGACUUUGAAGCAGUGUAGGGAUGACUUCCAAAAGAGAAGACACUAG